AUGGAUUUCUACGAUAAAUUUCUUCCUAAGGUCCUUGUCACCGAGAAUAUCUCCUCAGAUGGACUGAACCUACUGAGCAGUGCCUUUGCGGUGGAUGAAUGCCUUGAUCUUACCCCAGAACAACUCGUCGAAAUACUUCCUGCCUACCAGGCACUUGUCAUCCGUUCGAAGACCAAGGUUACUUCAGAUGUUCUGCGAGCUGGACGAUUGUUGAGAGUCGUUGCUCGUGCUGGUGUCGGUGUCGAUAAUGUGGAUGUCGAUGAAGCUACAAAGCUUGGCGUCGUCGUGGUCAAUUCACCUUCAGGCAAUACCGGGGCCGCUGCAGAGCAUACAAUCGCCCUGAUGAUGUCCUUGGCCAGAAAAGUUCCACAGGGUUGUGCCAGUCUGAAGAAUGGCAAUUGGGGUCGAAACGAACUCGUUGGAGUGGAGGUGAAAGGAAAGACCCUUGCAAUCAUCGGCUUGGGAAAAGUUGGUAUGACAGUGGCUCGCCUGGCCAAUGGACUCGGCAUGGCAGUCGAUGCAUUUGAUCCACACAUUUCGCCUUUUGUCGCAGCCUCAGCUUCAGUCAAUCUAAUCUUGACUUUGCCCGUGCUUCUCGCAUCUGCCGACUUUGUCACCAUCCAUACUCCACUGAUUGCCUCCACAAGAGGAAUAAUUUCCACCGCUGAACUGGCUUUGAUGAAGCCUGGAUCUCGAAUUUUGAACGUUGCACGUGGAGGAAUAGUUGAUGAAGCUGCACUGCUAGCUGCACUGGAGUCAGGCCAUUUGGCAGGUGCUGCUGUGGACGUGUUUACUUCGGAACCACCAGCUGCAGACUCGACUGCAGAAAGAUUAAUUGCUCACCCCAAUGCAGUUGUGACACCUCAUCUCGGAGCCUCCACGAUCGAAGCCCAGGAAAAUGUGUCCAGAGACGUGUGCGAGCAGGUGAUGCAGGUAUUAAAGGAUGAUUUGCCAAGAAGUGCUGUAAACACACCUCUAAUCCUCCCAGGGGAAUAUCGAAAGCUGCAGCCAUUUGUUCCUCUUGUGGAGAAGCUUGGAAGCUUGUAUACCCAGUACUGCGCUAACAUGCCUCUCGGAGGUUCUUUGAAUCGAAGCAAAUUUGAUCUCAUCUACAAAGGUGAAAUUACAAGUGUCAGCAACACAAAGCCCUUGUUUGCUGCUCUCAUCAGGGGCCUUAUUUCACCCAUAGUGAGCAAUGGGGGAGCCAACAUCAACAUGCUCAAUGCUGAAUUUAUUGCUCGCGAACGAGGAAUCUUCGUGUCGGAAAGACACUGCCGUGACCCAGAAGACCGCUCUGCCUACUCUUCGCUGGUCACUCUCAUCGCACAUCCACCCCCAAAUGGAUCUCUUCAGGCUAUUGAUGCAAUUUCUCCUGAGCCCGAGUCACAGAGAGUUGUCUCCGGCACUUGCUCCGACGGCCGGCCUUUGAUCACUCGUAUCGGAAAUUUUGAUGUAUCAUUCAAACCCGAGGGGACUCUUCUGAUUUGCGAAAAUUAUGAUUCACCCGGCAAGAUCGGUGCUGUAUGUAGAAUUCUUGACCAGCAAGGCGUGAAAAUUCACUUCAUGACCGUUGCCCCCGGACCUCCCGACUUGAUGACUGGCAUUGAGCAGAACACCAGCAGCAAUGAUGGUACCAUGGAAGUUCCAUUUGAAAAAAGAUCAGAGGCUCUCAUGAUUAUUGGAGUGGAUCGGGAUGUUCCCUAUCGUGCUACAGCUGAAUUGGUCAUUCAAGGUGCUGCAUUGAGCGCUUGUGCUAUUACUUUCUGA